UUAAGUGUGCAUCUACAAUAUAAAAUGUAAACUAGUUUAGUUGGAUUAUUCCUUAAACAAUGUUGUUUGUGCUGUAAAUGUAAAUUUUAAAUAUAUAGAACACAGUACUAUGUGAAGUUGGAAUAAGGCAUUUUGGGAAUAAAUUUAUUCAUAUUAUUAAAUUUUCAACAGUGCAUAAUAUGCAGUUUGCAUGUUGUAUAUAAUAGCAAUUGUUAUUGGAUUUAUAAAUUCUUCAGUCUUAGGAAAUACACCUAAAUAAGUCGGUGGUUAUUAACAAUGGAUGUUAAUGGGACCACAUUAUUGAAAAUGAGAAGAAUGUCCAGGAAAGCAAUCCUAUGUGCACUAGCUGUCUUUGUGGUUCUGUACUUCAUGUUUUACCACAACUCCACAUGUCUUCAUGGUAGCACAGUGAUGGUGCCCAAGGACCAGAAGUUUAUGUAUGAUCACUCACGGCGUGCCAUUCCGUACUAUCGGGAGAUGCCACUGAUAUUUAUAGGUGGCAUGCCACGCAGUGGAACGACUCUGAUGCGUGCCAUGAUGGACGCCCACCCUGAGGUGCGGUGCGGAGAAGAGACCCGGGUGAUACCACGCAUUCUCGGCAUGCGGUCCAACUGGGAACGCUCUGAACUGGAGAAAAAGCGCUUGGAAGAAGCUGGUAUAACUAGUGAAGUGAUUGACUCAGCUUUAGCUGCCUUCAUGUUGGAAAUCAUAGCUUUACAUGGAGAGGCUGCACCAUAUUUGUGUAACAAAGAUCCAUUUACAUUGAAAUCCAGUGUUUACUUGAAAAAGGUAUUUCCUAAUGCUAAAUUUAUAUUCAUGAUUCGUGACGGUCGGGGCACAGUGCAUUCAAUAAUUUCUCGCAAAGUGACAAUUACGGGGUUCAACCUAAAUGACUACCGCCAGUGCCUGUCCAAGUGGAGCACUGCAAUGGAGAUGAUGUACAGCCAGUGUCUGCAGGUGGGGGCGGCCAACUGCAUGCCUGUUUACUAUGAGCAGCUUGUCCUGCAGCCAGAGCUCUGGAUGCGCAGGAUCACCAAGUUCCUUGACAUUCCAUGGAACGAGUCUGUUCUACACCAUGAAGAUUUUAUUGAUAAACCUGGAGGUGUCUCUGUAUCAAAAACAGAGAAGUCUUCGGACCAGAUAAUCAAGCCAGUAAAUCUCGAGGCCCUAACUAAGUGGGUGGGCAACAUUCCAGACGACGUGGUGAAGGACAUGGUCAACAUUGCCCCAAUGCUGCGCACCCUGGGCUAUGACCCAGAGGCAAACCCCCCCAAUUACGGGAGCCCCAACUCCAAGGUGGCCGACAACACGCUGCACAUCCAGCAAAACGUAGCCUUCUGGAAGCAGCGAGAGGAGGAGCUGCUGAAAAAGAACCCAGCCGACCUCGGGCAGCCCAAUGACCCCGUUGUGAAGCCAGGAGCCCAGCGUGUGGUGGUUGCACAUCACCAGCCUUAGAAUAAGCGGUACAACUAACAGGGGCCCAGUCUUGGCUAGGCAUUAGUUCACUUGUGUUAAUGUUUAGAAGUUAUUAAAAAGAGUGAAUUUGAAUUGAACAUUAGUAAAGUAAAUAAAAAGUGUGACAAAUAGA